ACUAGGAGGAGGAGGAGGAGGAAAGAGGGGAGGCCAGCCCAGCCGCCUGCGGGGCCCCUGGUCCUCUCCGCCUCCCAAGUUCUUUCUAGUUGCGGGUCCGGGGCUGUCCCGGACGGGCGGAGCCCUCCCCUCGCCGGGUUAGGGGUGCGUGCCGGGGGAGAGCCAUGGAUCCGGGCCAGCAGCCGCCGCAGCCGCCCUCGCAGGGCCAGGGGCAGGCUCCGUCGCAGCCCCCCCAGGGUCAGGGUCAGGGACCACCGACUGGCCCUGGGCAGCCGGCGCCUCCAGGGGCUCCGGGCUCCCAGGCUGCGCCGCCGCCCCCAGCCGGGCAUCAGAUAGUGCACGUCCGGGGGGACUCGGAGACCGACUUGGAGGCGCUCUUCAACGCCGUCAUGAACCCCAAGACUGCGAAUGUGCCCCAGACAGUCCCCAUGCGUCUCAGGAAGCUGCCUGACUCCUUCUUUAAGCCGCCAGAGCCCAAAUCGCACUCCAGACAGGCUAGUACUGAUGCAGGGACUGCAGGAGCCCUGACUCCUCAGCACGUCCGAGCCCAUUCCUCUCCAGCCUCAUUACAACUAGGAGCUGUUUCCCCUGGGACACUUAGCCCCUCUGCAGUAGUCUCUGGCCCAGGAGCUGCACCCACUGGUCAACACCUCCGACAGUCUUCUUUUGAGAUCCCAGAUGAUGUACCUCUACCAGCAGGCUGGGAGAUGGCCAAGACAUCAUCUGGCCAGAGAUACUUUUUAAAUCACAUAGAUCAGACGACAACAUGGCAGGACCCCAGGAAGGCAAUGCUUUCACAGAUGAAUGUUACAGCUCCCACCAGUCCACCAGUCCAACAAAACAUAAUGAAUUCAGCCUCUGGGCCCCUUCCCGAUGGAUGGGAACAAGCCAUGACCCAGGAUGGAGAAAUUUACUACAUAAACCAUAAGAACAAGACCACCUCUUGGCUAGACCCAAGGCUUGACCCUCGUUUUGGUAAAGCUAUGAACCAGAGAAUCAGUCAAAGCGCUCCUGUGAAGCAGCCGCCCCCCCUGGCUCCCCAGAGUCCCCAGGGGGGUGUAAUGGGUGGAGGUAGUUCCAAUCAGCAGCAGCAGAUGAGACUGCAACAGUUACAGAUGGAAAAAGAGAGACUUCGACUGAAGCACCAAGAACUGCUUCGGCAGGUGAGGCCACAGGCAUUGCGGAAUGUCAAUCCCAGCACAGCAAAUUCUCCAAAACGUCAGGAAAUAGCUCUCAGGAGCCAAUUACCAACAAUGGAACAAGAUGGUGGAACUCAGAAUCCGGUAUCCUCUCCUGGAAUGAAUCAGGAACUGAGAACAAUGACUACAAACAGUUCUGAUCCCUUUCUCAACAGUGGCACCUAUCAUUCCCGAGAUGAGAGUACAGACAGUGGGCUGAGCAUGAGCAGCUAUAGUGUACCCAGAACCCCAGAUGACUUCCUGAACAGUGUUGAUGAAAUGGAUACAGGUGAUAGUAUCAGCCAAAGCAACAUACCCUCACAGCAGAACCGUUUCCCAGACUACCUUGAAGCCAUUCCAGGGACAAACGUGGACCUUGGGACACUGGAAGGAGAUGGAAUGAACAUAGAAGGGGAAGAACUGAUGCCAAGUCUUCAAGAAGCUUUGAGUUCUGACAUCCUUAAUGACAUGGAAUCUGUUCUGGCUGCCACCAAGCUAGAUAAAGAGAGCUUUCUUACAUGGUUAUAGAAGCCUCAGGGAGACUGAAUUCUACAUCUGUGAAGGAUCUAAAGAAAUGAGACGUUUGCAUCUUAAUUUUCCAAAUAAGCCAGUGUGGCAGACUUUUGGCUUACUUAGAGCUGAACCAACAACCAGCAAGAUUCUUUCAUCCCAAUAUUUUGCUCUUCCUUGUCCGUUGCUGCUGUUAUAUAUUGCUGACCUCUUUUACAGUUGGCUCUGAAGAAUCCACAACUUUUGUUUUGAUCUUUUAUUUCUAUUGCUGUUGCAACUACUGUUCAUUUUGGGGGUUGGGGGAAAUGAGCCCGUCUGGCUGAUGAAUACCAUUCCUUUUGCCCAAUUAUGUGUUCACCUAUCAUUUUAGCUAAGUGCUCUGACUUGUGAGUUAAAUGCUACGUGUCACAGCUUGUAGUUUAUUCAAGUAGUUGUCUCUUCAGCUGCCUGUGGCAAGUGGGAAAACAUGACUUACUGGUCUGACAAGCCAAAAACGAUGUAUCUGAUCAAAAGAACUCAACGCUGACAUGGAGGAGGGUACAGCUCAAGCUGAGAGUGAGCAUUGUGUUGGAUAUUCAGUAUUUUCCUCUGUUAGCUCUGUCAUAAGUCACAUAGCGCCCAGGAUUUUACGUUAAGGUAUUAAAAGGCAUGGGACGAUUUCUGUAGAAACACAUGAAUUAUUGCCACAUAUUCUAGCCUAAUUUUUGUCUGUCAGAAAUGAGACAAUUUAUCAUAUUAGUGAACAUAGUAGCUAUAGUUUGGGAGGGUUAUUGUAGUUUUCUUUAUGGUGAAAUCUACAUUUCCUGGUUUCAUAGUCUUAUUUAAAUCUUGAUUGUCUGCCCUUUUUUAUACAUAUAUAUUAUAUAUACUUACAAUAUGUUUAUGUUAGACUGAUAGAUGAAUAUAUAGUUUUAUAUGUUUUCCUUUUAACUUUUCAAUUUAUUUUUUAAAAGGUAGUUUUGAAUGUAUCCAUUUAGAAUACAUGACCAGUGGCUUAUUUUUCAUGCCUAUAACUAAAAUGCGUAGUUUAAAUCUGUUUGGGGGCAGUCCAAAGGUAUGUAGCAGGGGGAGGAGAAUGUUCCAGACAGAGGUCCUGCGUUAGCACCCUGCACUCUGUGAGCACGAAACAAAUAUGAUCUUAUCAAUUUGAGAGGAACGAACAAAAAGAAUGCUUUUCCCCUUGCUUUAAGCUAGUGAAAAUCAGUAAGGAAAAUAACAUUCACAACAGAAGAAGGCUUUAUUAAAAGCUUUCCCUUACUCUUGUCUUUGAAGACAAUGCAAGAAAGAAAGCCUCAUGCAAUUCAACAAAUAUUUGUUUGCCGAACCACCUACAACAUACAGAGAGCUGAGCUCUGGGGGAGUCUUAAGGUUCACAAUGCUUACCAGACUGUCCUAACAAAAUGCAAGAACCUCUGUGCUGGAAAUUUGCCCUAGAUAGAAUGUAGAAGACUAUAAGGCUAUGUGUUAACUGGCAAAGGGAUCAGGUAAUGAAUUCAGUACAUUUUGAUAGAUGAAUUGAGGACAGCGAUAGAGAGAUGAUAUCUUUAUUUUUAACAGGAAGAGAUGUUAGGCUACAUUAUCUGCGAGAGUAAUGACAUUUCCAAAGAGUAUCUUUUUUAGUGAACAAAAUGAGCAGUGAAUCAACUCUUCAGUAUAAGCUAUGAAGUAAUUUCUUGUUUAUCAUUUAUAGAGAUACUAACUAGCACCUCUAUAAUUAAGGGUCUGUCAGUGUUUCCAUGAUAAGCCCUUAUUUUCAAGGGUUUUAUAACUUAGCCAUUAAGGAAAAAAAAAUCCUGGCCAAAGCUUGGUUUGAAAAGUCUUGGCUCAAAGGAUAGGUAUUUUUUUUUCUAAUUAUGCCUUCUGAGUAGUUUGGCCCUUGGACUUAGAGGAGUGCAAAAGUGAAAGCCAGAAGUUUAAUGUUAGACAAUGUCAGUGCUCCAAACACUCAAUCACUGUGUUGUAUAGAAUGAUUUCCAGGUUGAUGGUUCAUAGUAGUUGACUUUAGGAAUUUUUAUUAAGCAAAAAAAGCAGUGGAGAAAUUGAGUAUGGGGAAAAUGCACUGUGUAAGUGUGCUAAUCUUUUAGAACAAUAGAAUACUGUUUAGAAUGCACAAUAUAGUAUGUAGAUGGUACAGCAUGUUUUUUUUAAUGUGCAGAAGAUCAAAGCUACUCUGAAGGAGAACUAAAAUUCUGUUCUGCCAAUGUCACAAAUUAAUGUUUCCUCUUCGGUAGUAGCACAUAAACUUGGGGGUCUUGUAAUGUUAAUGGGACCUUGAUAGAGAUUUUAGGGUUGUUGUUUUUUUCCUUCCCUUCCAUUAAACACUACUCUGUCUUGCCACUUGGUCAGUUAAUAUUAUUCCAAAAUUUAAAGUCAUUUAAGUAAUUUGAUAUAAAAUCACAAAACAGGAAUAUCUAGAUCUUAUAAUUUCCCUUCUACUGUAGCUUGCCAAUUUAUACCUUAAUGUUGUGUAGCUUCUCGGCACACAUCACUGUAUACUGAUGUCAGAUGUCCAGUGUGCUAGAGGCUUCUUUCUAGUCACAUCCAUGAUGUUACCUUUAAUAUUUUAUUUUUCCUAUAUAGUUUUUAAAAACUGCUUAAAACUUCUUAUUGGUAGAUUGGGGAUAGCAUUGAUAGGGGUUCUGACCUUAACUGGGUAUUCUUGAAUUGUUUUUAACACUAGACCAAUUUUGUAAUCCUUAGGCUCAUCAACCUUUUAACACUCAUGUUCUUUUCAAACAGGCAGAAAAAUUCUUCCAAGCUGUUUGUCCGCUUGAUGGUCCAAAUUACUUUGGUUUUUCUGAUCAUCAAAAGAAAAUGUUGAUGAAGUAGAUUUUUAAAAAUAAAAGCAUAAAUACGUUUUUAAAGAACAUUUGAUUGAUUAAAGCAAUGAUAUUUUAAUCAGAAUUGAGUGGUCUUAAAUACAUGUUCAGCACUAAAUGUUUGCAUUGUGUACGGAACUCUGGCAGGCAGACUGGGGAAUAUCGGUAAAUUAUAUGAGAAAACAAAUCAUACCAAUCAGUGUUGGAGCUUAAGCAAUGCAAAAGGGGGAGACAGUUUCAAUAUGAUUAACAGUUACAUAGCUUUUGCACAUCUUGGAACUGAGUACUCAGAUGAAUUUCACUUUGUAAGCAUGUUUUUAUAAGACUAGUGGGUGUGCCUAUCUAAGCAAAACUUUUCUGUAUCUUGAAAAAGUACUCUCCACAUUUUAAAUGUUUUAUAUUAGAGAAUUAAAUGAACACUUGUCAAAUAUAUAUAUAUAGUACAAAUGUUACAUUUUUGUUUUAGAUGUAAGAGCAUGCCAGUAUGUUAGGUACCUAUUAUACUGUUACAUUAUUUUCCCUUAUGUAAUACUUUUCCAUUUGUUUAUUGUGGUAUAAAUAUAUACUUUAUGCUUAAACUCACCUUCGUUGUUUUUAACAGUUAGUAGUAUUUAAAGCCGUUUUGGUUCUUAGCCAUAGAUAGCAUUUGAAUUUUUAAGUCCAGUUAUGGUGUUUUGUUUUGUUGUUUUUUAAGCUUCUGUACUCAACCCUUAGCCACCUGUGCAGUCGUGGACGCUGUCACUUGUAACACACAGAAGCAUCGCUGUUCAUGUUCCCUGAGGACUUGCUAUGCAUGACAACACAGCACCAAGAAAGCUGGGAAGAAUAUCAUUAUACCUUCUGUGACAGCCUGCAGUUUUAUUUCCCCAAUCUGUCCCCUUGGUGCCUUGGAAUUUUCACACUUACGUUAGUGAAUACCUCAUUUUGGCAGAUUCUAGGCUUCCAAUGUCUGUCGUAGGUUUGUUAAUAAAGACAUUCCAGAACUUAAA